UUCCGGAGCUGCGGCGGCGCCUUCGGCAGCUGCACCGGCUGAAGGGAAGGCCGCAAGUAACGCAAGUCACGGCUCCCUGGGCCCUGGACCCAGCACCACCAUGUCAGGCACUGUGACCAUCCUACAGCAGUUUGCCAGUGGCCUGAAGAGCCGCAGCGAGGAGACACGGGCCAAGGCCGCCAAGGAGCUGCAGCAUUAUGUCACCCUGGAGCUCCGAGAGAUGAGUCAGGAAGAGUCCACCCGGUUCUAUGAUCAGUUGAAUCAUCACAUAUUUGAACUGGUGUCCAGCUCAGAUGCCAAUGAACGGAAAGGGGGCAUCCUGGCCAUAGCUAGCCUCAUAGGAGUGGAAGCCUAUGCCACCCGCAUUGGCAGGUUUGCUAACUACCUUCGGAACCUCCUGCCCUCCAAUGACCCAGUUGUUAUGGAGAUGGCAUCUAAGGCCAUCGGCCGCCUGGCCAUGGCAGGAGACACUUGCACAGCUGAGUAUGUGGAGUUUGAGGUGAAGCGGGCCCUCGAAUGGCUGGGUGCUGACCGCAAUGAGGGCCGGAGACAUGCAGCUGUUCUUGUCCUUCGUGAGCUGGCCAUUAGUGUUCCCACCUUCUUCUUUCAGCAAGUGCAGCCUUUCUUUGAUACUAUCUUUGUGGCAGUCUGGGACCCCAAACAGGCCAUCCGGGAAGGAGCUGUCUCUGCCCUCCGAGCCUGUCUGAUCCUCACCACCCAGCGGGAACCCAAGGAGAUGCAAAAACCCCAGUGGUACAGGCACACCUAUGAAGAAGCUGAGAAGGGGUUUGACGAGACAUUGGCCAAGGAGAAAGGCAUGAAUCGGGACGACCGGAUCCAUGGGGCCUUGCUGAUUCUCAAUGAGCUUGUGAGGAUCAGCAGCAUGGAGGGAGAGCGUCUCCGGGAGGAAAUGGAAGAAAUCACACAGCAGCAGCUAGUACAUGACAAGUACUGCAAAGACCUCAUGGGCUUUGGGACAAAGCCUCGCCACAUCACCCCCUUCACCAGCUUCCAGGCGGUACAGCCCCAGCAGUCCAAUGCUUUGGUUGGGCUGCUGGGGUACAGUGCCCACCAAGGCAUUAUGGGAUUUGGGACAUCUCCCCUCCCAGCCAAAUCCACCUUGGUGGAAAGCCGAUGUUGUAGAGACCUGAUGGAAGAGAAGUUUGAUCAGGUGUGCCAGUGGGUGCUAAAAUGUCGAAACAGCAAGAACUCCCUCAUCCAGAUGACCAUCCUCAAUUUGCUGCCCCGCCUGGCUGCAUUCCAGCCCUCUGCCUUUACUGAUACUCAGUACCUCCAGGACACCAUGAACCAUGUUCUUAGCUGUGUCAAGAAAGAAAAGGAACGCACAGCUGCCUUCCAGGCCCUCGGCUUGCUCUCCGUGGCCGUGAGAUCCGAGUUCAAGGUCUAUUUGCCCCGUGUGCUGGAGAUCAUCCGAGCAGCCCUCCCCCCCAAGGACUUUGCCCCUAAGAGGCAGAAGGCAAUUCAGGUGGAUGCCACAGUCUUCACCUGCAUCAGCAUGUUGGCCCGAGCAAUGGGGCCAGGCAUCCAGCAGGACAUCAAGGAGCUUCUCGAGCCCAUGCUGGCCGUGGGCCUGAGCCCCGCUCUGACCGCUGUGCUCUAUGACCUGAGCCGUCAGAUUCCACAGCUGAAGAAAGACAUCCAGGAUGGCCUGCUCAAGAUGCUGUCCCUCGUCCUCAUGCACAAGCCUCUCAGACACCCUGGGAUGCCCAAGGGCCUGGCCCAUCAGUUGGCCUCUCCCAGCCUUACCAGCCUCCCUGAGGCCAGCGAUGUGGGGAGCAUCACCCUUGCCCUCCGAACGCUUGGUAGCUUUGAAUUUGAAGGCCAUUCUCUGACCCAGUUUGUCCGCCACUGUGCCGAUCACUUUCUAAACAGCGAGCACAAGGAGAUCCGCAUGGAGGCAGCCCGUACCUGCUCCCGCCUGCUUACGCCCUCCAUCCACCUCAUCAGCGGCCACGCGCAUGUGGUCAGCCAGACGGCAGUGCAGGUGGUGGCCGAUGUGCUCAGCAAAUUGCUUGUAGUGGGAAUAACAGACCCAGACCCUGACAUCCGUUACUGUGUCUUGGCCUCCCUGGAUGAGCGCUUUGAUGCUCACUUGGCCCAGGCAGAGAACCUGCAGGCCCUGUUUGUGGCCCUUAAUGACCAGGUGUUUGAGAUCCGGGAGCUGGCCAUCUGCACCGUGGGCCGCCUCAGCAGCAUGAACCCUGCCUUUGUCAUGCCUUUCCUGAGGAAGAUGCUCAUUCAGAUUUUGACUGAGCUGGAACACAGCGGAGUCGGAAGAAUCAAAGAGCAGAGUGCCCGAAUGCUGGGGCACUUAGUUUCCAAUGCCCCCCGGCUCAUUCGCCCCUACAUGGAGCCCAUUCUGAAGGCUUUAAUUCUGAAGCUGAAAGAUCCAGACCCUGACCCAAACCCAGGGGUGAUCAAUAAUGUCUUGGCUACAAUAGGAGAGCUGGCCCAGGUGAGUGGCCUGGAAAUGCGGAAGUGGGUCGAUGAGCUCUUUAUCAUCAUUAUGGACAUGCUGCAGGACUCCUCUCUGCUGGCCAAGAGGCAGGUAGCACUGUGGACCCUGGGGCAGCUGGUGGCCAGCACUGGCUAUGUGGUGGAGCCUUACAGGAAAUACCCGACUCUGUUGGAGGUGCUGCUGAACUUUCUGAAGACCGAGCAGAACCAGGGUACCCGAAGGGAGGCCAUUCGAGUGUUGGGGCUUUUGGGUGCUUUGGAUCCCUACAAGCACAAAGUGAACAUCGGCAUGAUUGACCAGUCUCGGGAUGCUUCUGCCGUCAGCUUAUCUGAGUCCAAAUCCAGCCAGGAUUCCUCCGACUACAGCACCAGUGAAAUGCUGGUGAACAUGGGCAACCUGCCUCUCGACGAAUUCUACCCAGCCGUGUCGAUGGUGGCUCUGAUGAGGAUCUUCCGAGACCAGUCCCUCUCCCACCAUCACACCAUGGUCGUUCAGGCCAUCACCUUCAUCUUCAAAUCCCUGGGGCUCAAGUGCGUUCAGUUCCUGCCCCAGGUCAUGCCCACAUUCCUCAAUGUGAUCCGGGUCUGUGAUGGUGCCAUUCGGGAAUUUCUGUUCCAGCAGCUGGGGAUGCUGGUGUCCUUUGUGAGAAGCCACAUCAGACCUUACAUGGACGAGAUCGUCACCCUUAUGAGAGAGUUCUGGGUCAUGAACAGCUCCAUCCAGAGCACAAUUAUCCUUCUUAUUGAGCAGAUUGUGGUCGCUCUGGGUGGUGAAUUCAAACUCUACUUGCCCCAGCUGAUUCCUCACAUGCUUCGGCUCUUCAUGCAUGACAGCAGCCCUGGACGCACUGUCUCCAUCAAGCUGCUGAACGCAAUCCAGCUGUUUGGGGCCAACCUGGAUGACUACCUGCAUUUGCUCUUGCCUCCGAUUGUGAAGCUCUUUGAUGCGCCUGAUGCUCCCUUAGCAGCUCGAAAGGCAGCCUUGGAGACAGUAGAUCGCUUGACUGAGUCCCUGGACUUCACUGACUACGCGUCCCGAAUCAUCCACCCUAUCGUACGGACACUGGACCUGAGCCCAGAGCUACGCUCCACAGCCAUGGACACUUUGUCUUCACUUGUCUUCCAGCUGGGGAAGAAGUACCAGAUUUUUAUCCCAAUGGUAAAUAAAGUCCUGGUGAGACACAGAAUUAACCAUCAACGCUACGACAUGCUCAUCUGUAGGAUUGUCAAGGGGUACACGCUAGCUGAUGAGGAAGAAGAUCCUUUAAUCUAUCAGCAUCGAAUGAUGAGGAGCAGCCAGGGUGAUGCCUUAGCCAGUGGACCAGUGGAGACUGGGCCCAUGAAGAAGCUGCAUGUUAGCACCAUCAACUUGCAGAAGGCCUGGGGAGCAGCGAGGAGGGUUUCCAAGGAUGAUUGGCUGGAGUGGCUCAGACGGCUAAGCUUGGAAUUGCUGAAGGACUCCUCGUCUCCAUCCCUUCGCUCCUGCUGGGCCCUGGCUCAGGCCUACAACCCUAUGGCGAGGGACCUUUUUAAUGCAGCGUUUGUGUCUUGUUGGUCUGAGCUGAACGAAGACCAGCAGGAUGAGCUGAUCAGAAGCAUUGAGCUGGCCUUGACAUCCCAGGACAUUGCUGAAGUCACACAAACCCUCCUCAACUUGGCAGAAUUCAUGGAGCACAGUGACAAGGGUCCGCUGCCACUCCGAGAUGACAAUGGCAUCGUCCUCCUAGGUGAGCGAGCGGCCAAGUGCCGUGCAUAUGCCAAGGCACUGCACUACAAGGAGCUGGAGUUCCAGAAGGGCCCCAGCCCUGCCAUCCUCGAGUCUCUGAUCAGCAUCAACAAUAAGCUGCAGCAGCCAGAGGCGGCUGCCGGCGUGCUGGAGUACGCCAUGAAGCACUUUGGAGAGCUGGAGAUCCAGGCUACCUGGUAUGAAAAACUCCACGAAUGGGAAGAUGCCCUGGUCGCCUAUGAUAAAAAGAUGGACACAAACAAAGAUGACCCUGAGCUAAUGCUGGGCCGAAUGCGCUGCCUGGAGGCCUUGGGAGAAUGGGGGCAGCUCCACCAGCAGUGCUGCGAAAAGUGGACCCUGGUCAAUGAUGAGAUACAGGCAAGAAUGGCCCGGAUGGCUGCUGCAGCUGCUUGGGGCUUAGGUCAGUGGGACAGCAUGGAGGAGUACACCUGCAUGAUCCCCCGGGACACCCACGAUGGGGCUUUUUACAGAGCCGUGCUGGCCCUGCAUCAGGACCUCUUCUCACUGGCUCAACAGUGCAUCGACAAAGCCAGGGACCUUCUGGAUGCCGAGCUAACGGCCAUGGCAGGAGAAAGCUACAGCCGGGCCUAUGGGGCAAUGGUUUCCUGCCAUAUGCUCUCCGAGCUGGAGGAAGUUAUCCAGUAUAAACUUGUCCCCGAACGGCGCGAGAUCAUCCGGCAGAUCUGGUGGGAGAGGCUGCAGGGCUGCCAGCGGAUUGUUGAAGACUGGCAGAGAAUCCUCAUGGUACGGUCUCUUGUGGUCAACCCCCAUGAGGACAUGAGAACUUGGCUUAAAUAUGCGAGUUUAUGUGGCAAGAGUGGAAGAUUGGCACUUGCUCAUAAAACUUUAGUGCUGCUCCUGGGAGUCGACCCUUCUCGACAGCUAGACCAUCCACUGCCAACCGUCCAUCCUCAGGUGACUUAUGCCUACAUGAAGCACAUGUGGAAGAGUGCACGAAAGAUUGAUGCCUUCCAGCACAUGCAGCACUUUGUGCAGACCGCGCAGCAGCAGGCACAGCACGCCAUCGCCGCUGAGGACCAGCAGCGCAAGCAUGAGCUCCACAAGCUCAUGGCCCGGUGCUUCUUGAAGCUGGGCGAGUGGCAGCUGAAUCUCCAGGGCAUCAAUGAGAGCACCAUCCCCAAGGUCCUGCAGUACUAUAGCGCCUCCACGGAGCACGACCGCAGCUGGUACAAGGCCUGGCAUGCCUGGGCAGUCAUGAACUUUGAAGCCGUGCUGCACUACAAGCACCAGAACCAGGCCCGAGACGAGAAGAAGAAGCUCCGUCACGCCAGCGGGGCCAGCGUCACGAGCGCCCACACAGAGGGCAGCAACAGCGAGAGCGAGGCUGAGAGUGCGGACAACAGCCCCGUCCCCUCGCCUGUGCAGAAAAAGGUCACCGAGGAUCUGUCCAAGACACUUCUGAUGUACACGGUGCCUGCUGUCCAGGGCUUCUUCCGCUCCAUCUCUCUGUCUCGGGGCAACAACCUUCAGGACACCCUCAGAGUCCUCACCUUGUGGUUUGACUAUGGACACUGGCCAGAUGUAAAUGAAGCUCUUGUGGAAGGGGUGAAGGCGAUCCAGAUUGAUACCUGGUUACAGGUCAUCCCGCAGCUCAUUGCAAGAAUCGAUACUCCCCGGCCCUUGGUAGGACGCCUCAUUCACCAGCUUCUCACAGACAUCGGUCGAUACCACCCCCAGGCUCUGAUUUACCCGCUGACCGUGGCCUCCAAGUCCACCACCACGGCCCGCCACAACGCAGCCAACAAAAUUCUGAAGAACAUGUGUGAACACAGCAACACCCUGGUCCAGCAGGCCAUGAUGGUGAGUGAGGAGCUGAUCCGAGUGGCCAUCCUGUGGCAUGAGAUGUGGCACGAAGGUCUGGAGGAAGCUUCUCGUUUGUACUUUGGGGAGAGGAACGUGAAAGGGAUGUUUGAGGUGCUCGAACCCCUGCACGCGAUGAUGGAACGGGGACCCCAGACUCUGAAAGAAACAUCCUUCAAUCAGGCCUAUGGCCGAGAUUUGAUGGAGGCCCAGGAGUGGUGCCGAAAGUACAUGAAGUCGGGCAAUGUCAAGGACCUGACCCAGGCGUGGGACCUCUACUAUCAUGUGUUCAGACGGAUCUCCAAGCAGCUGCCUCAGCUCACUUCAUUGGAGCUGCAGUACGUCUCGCCCAAACUCCUGAUGUGCCGGGACCUAGAAUUGGCGGUGCCAGGCACCUAUGACCCCAACCAGCCCGUCAUCCGAAUUCAGUCCAUAGCACCUUCUCUCCAGGUCAUUACAUCCAAGCAGAGGCCCAGGAAGUUGACAUUAAUGGGCAGCAAUGGUCAUGAGUUCGUGUUCCUUCUGAAAGGCCAUGAGGACCUAAGGCAGGACGAGAGAGUCAUGCAGCUCUUUGGCCUCGUCAACACGUUGCUGGCCAAUGAUCCAACAUCCCUUCGGAAAAACCUCAGCAUCCAGAGAUACGCCGUCAUUCCCUUGUCCACUAACUCAGGCCUGAUUGGCUGGGUUCCCCACUGUGACACGCUGCAUGCACUCAUCCGAGACUACCGGGAGAAAAAGAAGAUCCUUCUCAACAUUGAGCAUCGAAUCAUGUUACGGAUGGCUCCAGAUUACGACCACUUGACUCUGAUGCAGAAGGUGGAAGUGUUUGAGCAUGCUGUCAAUAACACCGCUGGGGACGAUCUGGCCAAACUGCUGUGGCUGAAGAGCCCCAGCUCCGAGGUGUGGUUUGACCGAAGAACCAAUUAUACCCGUUCUUUAGCAGUCAUGUCCAUGGUUGGGUAUAUUUUGGGCCUGGGAGACAGACACCCAUCCAACCUGAUGCUGGACAGACUCAGCGGGAAGAUCCUGCACAUCGACUUUGGGGAUUGCUUUGAGGUGGCGAUGACUCGAGAGAAGUUCCCUGAGAAGAUUCCAUUUAGACUGACAAGAAUGUUGACCAAUGCCAUGGAGGUGACAGGCCUUGAUGGUAACUACAGGAUCACCUGCCACACAGUGAUGGAGGUGCUUCGGGAGCACAAGGACAGCGUGAUGGCCGUGCUGGAAGCCUUUGUCUACGACCCCUUAUUGAACUGGAGGCUUAUGGACACAAAUACGAAAGGCACUAAGCGAUCACGAACGCGGACAGACUCCUACUCUGCCGGCCAGUCUGUAGAAUUAUUGGACAGCAUGGAGCUUGGGGAGACUGCCCAUAAGAAAACAGGGACCACAGUGCCCGAAUCCAUCCAUUCUUUUAUCGGGGAUGGUUUGGUGAAACCAGAGGCUCUAAAUAAGAAGGCUAUUCAGAUUAUUAACAGGGUUCGAGAUAAACUCACUGGUCGAGAUUUUUCUCAUGACGAAACUUUGGAUGUUCCUACCCAAGUCGAGCUACUGAUUAAGCAGGCCACGUCCCAUGAGAACCUCUGCCAGUGCUACAUCGGCUGGUGUCCUUUCUGGUAGCUGGAGGCCCCAGGAUGCCCAAGAUUCUCCCGUGGAGGCUUUCGUCCUCCAAUGUACACUUCCACAAAACAAAACAACACUGGCCAGAGAGCCUUGUCAGAUAGUUUGCAAUGUAAAUGAAGAGGACUGCUGUACAUUAAAGGUUGGCUUGAGCCGGCUGUGGAGCUGCUGUUGAAGAACAGACUUUGUCAGAAACACCAGACUUGACAUGGUUCCCAGGACCGUGAAGAGGAACACGCCAGCACCUAAACAAAGCACUUGGUCUUUGGGGCCCCACGGUCCAUAACUUCAGAAAUACGGGUCUUGACUUAACUCACCAAGAAACUCAUCAUAACGUUUUCCAGUGAAAGAACAGCCCUGUGGGCCCAAUCCUGGCAGACUCGGCCACUGGGCGCAGUCAGUUACAGGGAGGGCCUAUGGACCAAGAAAGAGCCUGCCAGUGCCUCCUCCCUGGCCCAGCCCAGGGACGCUGCGCUGUCAGUCACCGCCCUCAAGGCCAGGGGGAGAGCUCCCCUGCCCCCCCCGGCUCAGUCACAGAGCAGGAUCGGGAGCUGCCAGUGAGACCUGCGCGGUCCGCGGUCAGAGCAGAGGCGUUGUGAAGAAGAAGGUGGCAUUGCUGUGGCAUGGUGAUGGGUGUCAGAGGGAGGAAAGGUCUGAGGCAAGGAGGGAAUUAUGAGUCAAUAUGAGAGGAAGGGCACAAAGCAUAAAGUAUAGCCAUGUCUAGAGGCCAUGAUGUAUCUGAACAAAAACUUCUGUGCCAAUAAACACCAAAAUGCUAUAAAAGA